AUGAAGUCAGCCGCGAGCAGCAGCUCUUCGAGUGCGGGGAGCAAUUGGAAGGCGCUAAAAAAGACGCUCGGCUCGGACGCUUCGUCUUCCUCCGCGUCGUCCUCGACCAACAAUCGUCGAAAGCUAUCAACGAGCGAAUCGACCAAACCAAAACGGACGAGACUCGAUGCCAAAGAGAAGGAUGCUGAAGGCAGCAAAUCCUGCAGCCCUGCACCUACAUCGUUGCCUUGGUUUGCCGAGGAUAUCUCCCCACAGGACCUUGAGCUGGUUCGAGAGAGUGCAUCGGGCAAGAUGGCGCGCAGCGGCGAGUGGGAAGGCAUCGUGGACGCUAAGCUCAAGAAGCAGAUCAUCCUAGGUGGGCUGCCAUCGGAUGCGUCGUCGGCCAAGAAGGAGCCGGGCAAUUAUCUCGCGAUUGAUUGCGAGAUGGUGGGCGUAGGCGACAAGGGCUCGGAAUCUAUCCUUGCGCGUGUGUCGAUUGUCAACUUCCACGGCGCUACGAUCUACGACCAAUUCGUCAGACCGCAAGAGAAAGUGACCGACUAUCGUACGUGGGUGUCGGGAGUUCGGCCAAAGGACCUCAAAGGCGCACCGUCGUUCAGCCAAGUUCAAGGCGAAGUGGCCAACUUGAUCAAAGGCAAGGUGUUGGUGGGACACGCGAUCCAGAACGAUUUGAAAGCGCUGCUGCUGUCGCACCCGAAAGUGCUAAUCCGUGACACGGCGACGUUUCAACCGCUGCGUGAUCUGGCCAAGACCAAGUAUCCCAGCCUCAAGAAGCUCGCCAAGCUCGUUCUGGGCAUCGACAUCCAGCUCGAGGGCGAAUCGCAUUCGUCGGUGGAAGAUGCGCGUGCAACGAUGGCCGUAUUCCGCAGUCAAAAGCCCAAGUGGGAUGAGAUGCUUCGCUCUCAAAACAAAGGCGGUAGAGGAUCGCUAGCUCGGCUUGCUUCGCGUUCGUCUGCCGCCAACAAAGUCUGGAAGGCCCCGGCGAACGGACAAGCUGUGGACGCUGCUUCACCCGCGCUCGACAAAAGGAGCAUGUUGGCUUUUACUAGCGCAAGCGCAGUGCACGACACGGUGCGAUUGAAACCUCGCAUGGCCGCAAAAGCCGACUGGUGGAAGGAGUCCAUGUGA